UUCAGAAAUGGAUGGAUACUGAAUGACAUCGAUCAGUGACUGUUUUCCUCAAGCCGUGCGUCAGUCUCUCUUGUUGCUGACACACCUUCUAAAGUCGCCAACAGAAGAGCGAGCCGUUCAUUGUGAUGCAGAUUCAUAUUUGAGGAUGUCGUCAGUGGAGGAGACGUGCCUCCUGUGCGCGCCUCUCCACAGUCUUCUCCCCGGCCAGUAAAGGCACCUUCAAUGCCAAACGGACUGCAGUGCGCACUGGCUCCAGCUGCGCGCCUCGCCGCUGAGCGCGCGCGGUCCAGCUUUGGAAAGAUGGAGGGUUUUCGCUCGUGGUUAAGGAGGUCAGAACCGGUUUGUUUGUCGGGAUUUUACGUCAAGGAAAAAAUCAAAACUUUUGCGCAAAUUUGGAAACAGUGAGGAGAACCUGAAUGCAACGCGCGGCGGACUGAGGUUUAGUUUUGAAGCCUUCAAUCAUGGAUCCAGAAGAUCAAGUAAACAUCAGUCAUCUGGAAGAGUCUCACCUCUCUGCUCUGAACUGCUGCUCCACAACACUCCCUUUCAAUGACGAGAGUCUCCUGAGGCUGGAUGACAGCACAAAACUGGUUGGAGUUCAGGUUGUUCUCAUCCUGGCUUACAGCACCAUCAUCCUGUUUGGAGUCACCGGAAACUCCUUGGUGGUUUACGUGGUCUACAAGUUUAGAAAUCUUCGAACCGUCACAAACUUCUUCAUCAUAAACCUGGCUGUGGCCGACCUGCUGGUUAACACUCUGUGUUUGCCCUUCACCCUCAUCUACACGCUCUACAACGAGUGGAUGUUUGGGCAGGUUUUGUGCUACUUGCUACCUUUUGCUCAAGGCAUGACGGUGCAGGUCUCCACCAUCACUCUGAACAUCAUCGCCCUCGACCGGCACAGAAGCAUCGUGCACCACAUGGAGACUAAGAUGUCCAAAGACAUGUGCGCCAUGGUUAUCGUCUUCUCCUGGGUGAUCAGCGCCUUGCUGGCAAGUCCUCUCGCCAUUUUCAGGGAGUACGGGUCAUUUGACCUUUCACCUGAGGAGUCCAUUCAGGUGUGCAUGGAGAAGUGGCCAGGAAGCAGCAUGAACGGACGGCUCUACAGCAUGUCAAUGCUGGUGGUGCAAGUCGCCAUACCUUUGGCCAUCAACUCUGUGGCAUACAUUCGCAUCUGGAGGAAGCUGAAGCAUCACAUGAAGUGCGGUCGCAACGACCACCAGCGCCGGAGGAAGACCACUAAGAUGAUGCUGACCAUGGUGGUGGUUUUUGCCGUUUGCUGGUUGCCUUUCCACGCCUUUCAGCUGGCCAUUGACAUUGACAACACCGUUCUGCACAUGAAGGACUUUAAGCUGGUCUUCACUGUUUUCCACAUCUUGGCGAUGUGCUCCACAUGCGUCAAUCCCAUCCUGUACGGAUGGAUGAACAACAACUACAGGACGGCUUUUUUGACUGUGUGCAAAUGUUGUGGCUCCCUUGCUGGGAACUCCACAAGCAGAGAGGCACAAAAAGACAGGGUUUGUACUGAUGACAAAUCGACAAAUGUCUAAGAGAGUGUUUGUUCAUAAUUGAUUGCUGCUUAUUUUUGGAUUUUGACCUUCAAAAAUGGCAGAAAAUGAUAAUAAUUUAAAAUCUGACAAAUGUUUUUACAUUUUAAGCAGCUAAAUAAACAAUACAUAGCAACACGUCCAGAGAACAAAGUAUUUCUCAGCAAACAGUCAAUCAUAGAAGAGCUAGAAUGAUGAAAAUAUGUAAUUAUUUGGCUAUUCAACUCAUCUUUUAACUCUAUCAUGUUCUGGCCUUUCCAUUGGGUUUAAUUGUUUUAGUUUUAUUUUUUGCUGCAGUUUUUCUUUUUGUGAACAAAAAAAAAAAAAAAUGAAUAAAAAGCUAAAGUAAGACCAAAAGUGCUUUUUUGUUCUCUCAUGCAGUGUACAGGAGCUCUGGCUAUAUCAUGGACAAAUUAUAACCAAGUUUAGCAAGUUAAACUCUGGUUCAAAGAUGACUUUUAUAGGCGACCAUUUAAUAUUCUUUUUUACCUCCUUGUUGCACACGAGACGAUCAAAUGAAUUACUUGACAGCAACUAUGACACUUCAUUUAUAUGCCGUGCAGCUCUGUUUCCAGAGGCCCCCGUCAUGGUUAAGUAUUAAAUGACUUGUGAUAGAACGUUUCAAUGAAAGAAUAACAGUAAUCCCCAUUUGGUCCUUAGGUGUCAGAGUUUGGCACAUUUAAUGAAUGCACCUUAAAAUUGAAAAAUAUAUAUUUAUAAUAUAUAUAAAUAUAUAAAAAAUACAUUGACAGAACCAACACAUUGACUUGUCUUUACCCCCAAAUUUCACUUAUUUGAAUGAAGUUAUAUUUUAGAUGUCCUUAAGCAAAUAAAGUAAUUAUUUUAUUCCUCAAUAUUAAUACUUCCC